AUGGCUAACCCUUCUGGGAAUCACGAAGAAGAGGAGACAACCCAUGUUGCGUCACCGUUCAACGCGAAUUUGGCAGCCGACAGUUCGCCCACCGCGCUCGCCAUGAAGCACAACUCUGGUAUCGCCCUCGACUGGACCCCUCAAGAACAAACCAUUCUCGAAGAAGGACUCUCUCUGUUUGCAUCUGAACCUAAUCUCACUCGCUAUGCAAAGAUAGCUAUAAAUCUAAAUAACAAGACAGUCCGGGAUGUAGCGCUGAGGGUCAGGUGGAUGAAUAAAAAGGAAAAUUGCAAGCGAAGGAAGGAUGACUUUUCAAGGAAAACUAAAGAUAAAAAGGUUUCAGAUCAAGCAGCGAGGCCAUCUCACUUUACUGCCCAGUCCAACAUUUCCCCUUAUGUUCCUGCAAUGAUGAUGGACAAUGAUGAUGACAUCUGUCACAAAGCUAUUGGAGGCCCUGCAGGUCAGCUCUUAGAGCAAAAUGCACAGGCCUUGAAUAACAUUUCUACAAAUCUUGCUGUUCUUCAGUUUGAGGAUAACAUCAAUCUUUUCAGCCAAACGAGAGACAACAUCAUCAAAAUUUUGAAUGACAUGAAUUACAUGUCAGAGGUAAUGAGGCAAAUGCCACCACUUCCUUUUAAGAUCAAUGAUACGAUAUUCAACUCCAUACUUCCAAAAACAAUUCACCAGAUGCAAUAA